AUGGCCGCCUCUUCGUCCAAGAAGCAGCGGCGGCAGUCUAACGGCGCUCCCAGCGCAGAAGAGGAUGGCGUCGCGCCUACGCCCCGCGGCCGCCACGUAUUCGCGCCUUACCUGGCAAUGGGCAUCGUAGCCAACCAGAUCCCCUUUGUAAUGCAAGUCAGGCGAGGAGGAAAAGACGCACAAAGAGCAGAUGUCAACAUCGUCACCUCACUGGGAGACUGUUGGAGCAUCUGGACGGCAGAGUCCCUCGUUCAGGUCUUCGUGGGACGAAGCUUGCCCAGCCCGAUUACCAGCCUGGCACUCAGCACCAGCCCAGACUGCAUCCUCGCCGCAGCUGGGGAUACGAUCCAUCGCUUCGUCCGCGCUGCAGUGGUGGCAAAGUACACGACCGAAUCGGGGCCAGUGGAGCGCUUCAUCGUCUUUGGCGACUCCAUCGUGGCCAUUACGCGCACUACGCUGCACCACUUUUCCCUCUCCACGGGAGAAGAAGAGCAGGCCAUCCCCCUCCCCCUUUCAGCGGGCGUUGCGCCAACCUGCCUAGUCCACCCAGCGACCUACCUACACAAGGUCCUCUUAGGCCUCUCGGACGGGACGGUUCAGCUCUGGAACAUUCGCACCGCCACGCUGCUGCAUACAUUCGACCUCUCUGGCAGACAAGGCCAGAUGGACGUCGCUACACCCUCGAUCCUCUCCCUUGCCCAAACCCCGGCCCUUGACGUCAUCGUCGCAACCACGUCGGACUCGCGCAUCAUCCUGCACAACAUCAAAGAGGACAGCUGCGUAAUGGCUUUCUCGUUGCAGGCACAGUUGAGUAGCACACCACCCACGUUUAGGACCGACGGGCGCGCACAUACGAUGGCUGUGGGCUCGCGAGCGGGGGAUAUUUUCAUCUUUGAUCUCGAGAAUCAGGACUCGCGCGAGGGAGUCGCGCGAGGGGGAAGACUGAUCCACACGAUUCGCAAUGCGCAUGCGGCUCCGGUGGCAGGGUUGGAGUUCGUGGCGGGCCAGCCGUUGCUCAUUUCCUCUGCGGGCGACAACAGUAUCAAGGAAUGGUUCUUCGAGCCUGCCUCCUCCGCCACUGCCACUGCGGCAGCAAAUUCCUCCUCCUCCUCCUCGUCCAGUAGCAGCACCUCCCUCCCUCGUCUCCUGAAAUCACGCUCCGGCCACUCCUCCCCUCCCCACCUCGUCCGCUGGUACGGUCACGACGCGCGCUCUCCACUCCUAACCGCAGGGCGUGAUCGCUCCCUCCGACUCAGCUGGGUAGGGCGGGAGGCUCGCGGCGGUGAACUUUCGCAGGGAAGCGUGGAGCGAAAGGCCAAUCACUUAUCACUCCCUGCGCAAUCCCUCAAACAGACCCCAGCGAGCAGCAUAGCCUUCUCCCUCACGCGUAGCCGCGAUUGGGAGGAUAUCCUCACCACACACCCGGGAGCAGCACCGCGCGUUUGGCUGGGUAAGGAUAGGAGGAUGAAUGCGGGAGCACUCGUGACGGGGAAGAAGCAGCGCGUUGCGGGACAAGGGGCGGACGAAGCUACGUGUGCCUUUGUGACGCAUUGUGGCAACUUUGGUGCGGUAGGCAUGGGAGAUGGGCGUGUGGUGCUCUGGAACAUGCAGAGUCGCCGAUACGUCCGGACGUUCGAUUGCGCAGGCCCAAGCGCGACCAACGCAACGGCUACGUCGAGCUCGAGCCCGGGCCGAGUAGUGGGCCUCGCAGUCGACGAAGGCAACACGGUCCUCACAGCUGUCCUCUCCCGAGGCGUCAUUGUCGCCUUCGCCUUUCACAGCACGGCCGUGCUCACUCGCACCUCUCAACCACACGCGAUCAGCUCUGCUCGCUCUUCGCCACGCAACACGCUCUUGGCCCUCAUCCCCGUCGGGGUGAGCCACCCGCUCGUCCUCCUCGACCUAGCAACGCAUCGCGUCGUUAGGCGAUUCGGCCCCUUUGCUGCACGGGUGACGGACUGUGCCUUUUCGCCUACGUUGCGCAGUCUGGCGGUCGCGACGAUGGAUGGGGCGCUUGCUACGUUCGACGUUCCGAGUGGGAGGUUGAUGGAUCGGAUGAGGUUGAGGGAGGCGAUGUUGUCGUUGGAUUGGAGUCCUGAUGGGGGCACGCUCGCAGGGGGUGGGACGGAGGGGCUUGGGGUGUAUUUGUGGAGUUGGACGGGCGGGAGGGGGAGGGUGGAUGGCGAUGAGGAGGAGGAGACCAAGGAGGGCGAGGUGGGCAUGCCUUCCGUUCGAGGACCGGAGGAGGAAGAGGCGGACCAGGCGGAGGAUGACCCUCUCGCACUCGACAGGCUCAGCUUGGCAGACACGUACCACCCUACGUCCGAACCUCUGCAGCGACGGGACGCUCCUCUCUUCACUCUGAGCAUGCAGCCCCGCACCAAAUGGCUUACCCUACUCAACCUCGAAGCGAUCAAGGCGCGCGAUCGACCCAAAGCCGCCGAGGUGGACAAGAGCAAGGCGAAGCCCGCCCCUUUCUUCUUGGGCAUGUCGGCCGCGACGCCUGGUAGUGCGGUGGAUGGGACAAAGGGCAAGGGGAUGACCGACGGGCUGGGUAGCGGGGCGACCACUGACGCUACUGGAGCUCUCACGUCGCUCGGGGAGGGAGGCUUCGAUGGGCCAGCAUCUGGGCAGGAGGAGGAAGAGGCAAGGACCACACAUCUAGAGCGUUCUCAUCGUCUCCAGCUCGCGGAAUCGGCCGCUUCCCCACUGGAGGCCCUGCUGCUCAGCUCCGACGCGGACGAUGCCGCGCUCUUCAGCUACGUGCUUCCACUAUCUGCGCCACAGCUGGACCUCACGCUCCGCCUCGACCUCACGAGCGUGCGCGGCGUGACCGCCCUUCUUCGCAGCUGUGCCCGACGGGUGGGCGAAGCAGGGCGGGACGUGGAAGGCGUCACCGCCAUCGUGGAAUCGCUGCGUCGUACGCGUUGGGGCGAGAUGCUAGGGCUGGAGGAUGAGGCAUCGCAGCUUGAGCUUGGCGAGGAGGAAGAGGAGGAGAGGCGAGAGCUCAGAGCAGCGUGGAGCGAGUGGCUACGAGCGGUCAAGAGGGCGAAUGAGAGGGUGGGGGAACUACUCGACUUCAAUAUUGGGACGUUGAGCUUCUUGCGCGGAUUGGCCGUCGUUUAG